CGCUGACUCGGGCAGGGUUGGGAAAGGUCCCUGCGAAGGAUGGACACGUGUCUUCGUGACGUGUUUCAAGGCACGUGGAUCGUCAGCCAAGCGAACAUGAGGAGACCAAAUAUUCUUCUCACGGGUACGCCUGGUGUUGGGAAAACCACCCUAGGCAAAGAGAUUGCUGCAAGAACAGAUUUUACUUACAUUAAUGUGGGUGAUUUGGCCAAAGAAGGGGAGCUAUACGAAGGAUUUGAUGAGGAAUAUGAAUGUCCAUUUUUAGAUGAAGACAGGGUAGUUGAUGAACUGGAAGAGAAGAUGAGUGAUGGUGGUGUAAUAGUUGAUUAUCACAGCUGUGACUUCUUUCCUGAACGUUGGUUUAAUAAAGUAUUUGUGCUUCGAACUGAAAACUCAGUCUUGUAUGACAGAUUGGAAAGCAGAGGAUACAAAGGAAAAAAGCUUCAAGACAACCUUCAAUGUGAAAUUUUUCAGAUCAUUUAUGAAGAAGCCAUGUCAUCGUAUAAGGAGGACAUUGUUCAUCAGUUGCCCAGCAACAUUCCAGAGGACAUGGAGAACAACUUAGAUCAGAUUAUACAGUGGAUCGAACAGUGGAUGAAAGAAAACAACUAGCAUUUUUAUAUAUAAUAUUAAUAGACCAGAGUCAUAGAAAUAGCACUG